AUGAGGGGUGAUGACGGCUUGGAGAUAUCGGACAGUACAAAUGAGGCUGAGCACUUUUCUCAAUUAUUCCGAUCCGUUUUCGCAAGAGAAGCAGACUUUACCCCAUCUAAUUCUGAGAACAUGAGAGAUCCCACUAUCGAAAAUAUUGUGUUUCGAGAAGAAGCGAUUUUGGAAGAACUGAAAAGCUUGAAGGAAUGUGAAUCUCCCGGUCCGGACGAGAUCCCAGCAAAGCUGCUCUUUGAACUUGCCCAACAGCUGGCCAAGCCAUUAUCCUUUCUGUGCCAAAAAUCGUUUGAUGCUGGAAUUCUUCCCACAGACUGGAAGACGGCCCAAAUUACACCCCUUUACAAAAGCGGUAGUCGUGCUCUGGCGACAAACUACAGACCCGUCAGUCUGACAUCAAUCUGCUGCAAAGUGAUGGAGAAAACCAUCAAAAAGGAGGUGAUGGCUUACUUGGAAACCCACAACCUCUUGUCCAAUGCACAAUAUGGUUUCCGUAGGGGAAGAUCAUGUGUUACGAACCUGCUAUACACAAUGCAAAGUUGGACACGAGCACUGGACGCAAAACACACCGUGCACGUGGCCUAUAUUGAUUUCCGGAAGGCGUUCGACAGUGUUCCGCACCAGCGUCUCCUACACAAGUUGAGAAUUAUGGGCAUCGGCGGCAAGCUUCUCAAAUGGAUCGACAAUUUCCUUGUCGGCCGCUCCCAAAUUGUCUGCGUAGAACAACAGCAAUCAAGGUGCACAUUCAUAGAGAGUGGGGUCCCACAAGGCUCGGUGCUCGGACCAACCCUCUUUCUCUUGUUCAUCAAUGAUUGUGUAGAUGGGUUGGACUGUGAUUGUGCCAUGUUUGCGGACGACAUAAAAAUCUGGAAAGUCAUCCAGAAUGCCGCCGAUGAGACCAACUUCCAAGAAAAUCUUUGUCGAUUGGACGAGUGGUCCCGCAGAUGGCUCUUGUCCUUCAAUUUGAACAAAUGCACCAUUCUGCGCCUCGGAAAUCAGACCCCUAAUACGCGGCAAUACCAUCUGAACGGAAUACCGCUUCGAUAUGCAGAAACGCAGAAAGAUCUCGGAGUCUGGGUUGAAGACAGCUUAAAGCCUUCUACACAAUGUUGUAAGGCGGCCAAGGCCGCAACCUCAAUGCUAUAUGCCAUCAAGCGGGCAUUCGUAGUUUUCGAUGAAGACUCAAUUCAAUUCAAUUCAAUUAUUUUUAUUAAAGACCCGUCGGGGUCCCAUCAAAGCAAGUAA